AUGCUUCAUACGCACGCGUUCACGCUGUCGCAAAAUGAAGAGGAUCUAUUUGGGAUCAACUUCGGAAAUCCGCGCACAAGGGACGGACUGAUUGAGUGGCUCGGGGACGGCAAUGCUCUCCAAGUGAACAUCAACCUCCUAGAGAGGAAACCUGGAAAAAUGAGACAUACGAUUCGAUUUGAACUGCGACUUGAAGGUGGUAUUCUCGGGCCUACUAUUAUGGAC